UAGCCUCUUUAAACCACCUCCAACAGAGCACGUCUUUCCCCUCGGAGACUCUCUAUCUUCAGACAGCGGCUGUCCGUCUGUUUCGGGUCAUUUUAAGUGUCAUUACAGCAUGUACCGCUCUCUGUACGCCUUCAGAUCCGCGGAGCCUAACUCGCUGCACUUCGCGGCCGGAGAAAGCUUCUUAAUCCUGGAGAGGAGCAACAAACACUGGUGGCUGGGGUCCCGCUGCAGCUCGGGGGAAACCGGCUACAUCCCCGCUUCAUACAUCGAAAAAAUCCAGGCUCCAGAGCAGGAUGAGGUGUUGCAGUCUAUCGACAGAGCAAUUGAAGGCAUCCACAAUGUGGCCUUAAAAAAUGGAGGCAAAUACAAUCUGGAGCAGCGAGAUGUUCUACAGAAGCUGAUCCAUCACAGAAAGGAGACACUUGCCCGACGGAGUUCCUCUUCCUCCGGUCAUAAACAAGGCCUCCCAUCAUCCAGCAGUGACAUAUCUCUCAGUCAGACCCCCCCUCCACCCAAUGGCCUUAACCGAGACUAUGGACGACAGGGAAGCGUGCCAAUAUCAGGAAGCAUGGACAAUAUGCAAUCAGAACCGGGGUUUUAUCAGGUGCCUCCUCAGCCUCGACGUGCGGCUCCGAUCACACCUCCUCCACCUGAGAAACAGCGAAACAGCCGGCGUCCAGAGCCGGGGGUCCCCUCCAGAGUGUCCUCUCUUCCUCCGUCCCCCGGCCCCUCCCUCUCUAUCAGCACCACCUCCUUAGAAUCAGGUUCCUCCCACUCACCAGUCUCCUCUGACGUCAGUCUGCCAAGUGUUUCCAGCACCCCCCCUCCCCCCGUGCCAUCCCGUGUGAAGCCCACUGCACUGCCCCAAGACGGGGUGCCCUCUGAAUCCCCUCCUCAAACAGCUCCUGUGAAAAAGGGCCCGGCUCCACCGCCUCCACAGCUCCACACCCCCACUUUACAGCUCGCUUUAGAGGAGCAGCCAGAGAGUGAAUGGCCCAUUGCCCCCCCUUCUGUUGCUGAAAGCCCUCCUGGCAGCCCCACUACCUCCGAGCCAGUUCCCAUGACUAUUGGGGCCGAAUUGAUUGAGCUGGUACGGAAGAACACAGGCUUGAGUUAUGGGCUGUCGCGGGUCGCCGUGGGUGUGGUGGUCGGCCAUCUGCAGACCGCCUUACCUCAAGCCUCCUCUGCGUUGGAGCAAGUUCUCCUCUCGCUGGUGGAGAGCAAGGAUUUGGGAGGAGCGUUGCCGCAGGGGCAGGUGUGUCAUGAUGAACAGCGUCUGGAGGUGAUCUUCAGCGACCUCGUCCGUCACCGUGACGACUCCCAGCAACGGAGCUGGGCGCUUCACGAGGACCAGGCUCUCAUUUCCUGCUAUCUGGAGGAACUGCUUAAGAUAUUGACUGAUGCAGAUCCAGAGGUGUGCAAGAAGAUGUGCAAGGCCAACGACUGUGACAAUGUGCUUUCUCUGGUUUCAUAUUAUCAGAUGGAGCAUCGUGUGUCAUUGCGGCUGCCGCUGCUCAAGGUGUUCGGGGCGAUGUGCAGCCUGGACGCUGCUCUCAUCUCCACCCUCCUCAACUCCAUCCUCACCAUGGAGCUGGCCAGAGAUUUACAGAAUGACACACAAGAGCACCAGAAGAUGUGUUACACAGCUUUGGUACUUACUAUGAUAUUCUCAAUGGGCGAACAGGUGCCAUACCAUCACUAUGAACACUUGAAUGCUGACUUUGUUCAGUUCCUGCUGGGUGUGGUGGAGGACGGACUUCCCUCUGAUACCACUGAGCAGCUGCCUGACAUCUUCCUGAACCUCCUGCUGGCCUUUAACCUGCACCACACAGCACCCAGUAACAACGUCAUCAUGGAGGAGCUGAAGAAGAAAAAUGUCAAAAAUCUGUCAGAGAAAGUUCUGUUGCUUCUGAACAGAGGCGACGACCCUGUGUGUAUGUUCAAACACACCCCGCCUGCACCGCACUCAGUGCUCAAGUUUCUGCAGGAUGUUUUCGCCGGCCAAGACACCGCUGAUCUCUUCUACCGCACUGACAUGAUGGUGAUGAUUGACAUUGCUGUUCGGCAAAUAUCUGACCUUUCACCUGGCGACAAGCUGCGGAUGGAGUAUCUCUCCCUUAUGCACUCCAUAAUGCGUUCGACGGACUACCUGGAGCACCAGCACCGGCUCUCUGACCUGCAGGGGGCCCUGCAGAGGAUUCUCAGGGAGGAGGAUGAUGCAGGAGAGGAUGAAGGGAGCGCCACAGCAAAACAGAUGGAUAAGCUAAUUGUACAGCAGAUCUACAAGGAGUUCCCACAGAUCUGCGAGAAACAAGAAUAACCAUAUCAGUAUCAUGCUCACACACUGUAGUCUGCUCCCUUCGACUGCAGGGAGGUACAGUAAAGCUCGAAAAGAGGAGGAACUGACAUUUUACAGGGUGCCCUGUAUUCUGUGCCAGCCUACGCUGAAAGAAGCAAAUCAGUUUUGCCAGUAUUUUCUUGGACUCUGUGGCUGCAGCAUGCAUGUGAUGUUGAUUUUUUUUUUAAAGAGAUCCCAGCUUUUCCCUUCUCAAAUUAUAUUUUCAUCUGAAAAAGGAGUGGAAAGUUCUUUGGUGUGUGUUUUAAGAAGGGAAAAAAUAUGACAAAUGUAUAAAGGUUUAGUCAUACCAGGAGGAAACAGCCAAAAUAGAGGCCAAGAGGUGGUGCUGUUCUCACAGUGAAUUAUUAGCAAUCAUUUCCUUAAAUAAACCAUUCAACUACGUGUAUGUGCUCAAAGUAUGGUGAAAUUGAAGCGACAGCAACCACAACUGAACCUUAUUUUAACCAAAAUUACUUUAACCAACUUAAUUUUAGAGAAAAUUUAAAGUUUGUGACAAAAAUGCAAAUUUGUAGUUACACUACAGAUGCCAUUAUUUGAAGUGUUGUGAGAAUACUUUAUAUGCUUCCCUUUCAGUGGGACCAAACUACUGUGUGUUACUGAGAGCAUUAUUUUCUUUAUAAAACUGACUUCCUCUUUCAUUUAUCCUGUCAUGCAUCAUAAUUAAAAAUUCUCGAGUAGGACGAGUUAAACUUAAUUACUAUUAGUGACAAAAACACUCUGACUCAUGUGUUAUCAUUACUAAGCUUUUAGCUGAGUAACUCGCUGCUACAUAUAGAGUCUCUCCUGUGGCCCCGUCUGCAGUUUUCUCAGUCUGGUACUUAAGUCUUUACUGCUUUUCAAAUUCUCUGUACUUAAAUAUGCAAAUCUCCUCAAGCAUCACAAGUGAAGAGUUUCUGUCUGUAUGCUGCAUUCAAACUAACUGUGCUGCAAUGAGGCUUAUAACAACUCGUGAUAUUGCUGUAAUAUGCUGAGUCUUAGCUGAUGUGAGCUGUGGCCUCGAGGAGUGAGACGUUCUGCAGUUUAAUAUCUGAGAUAAAACAGUCAGUGUUAUUGAUUUCCAGUUAUGAUCUAAUGGUCCUACUGAAAAAUCAUGACGUGAGAGGAAGGAUGGGGCAUUUAUUUAAUCUCCUCGUGGUCUAAUCCUUUAACAGCAAAAUAUACCUUUCCUUGACUUUUACUCAUCGUGUAGUGAUUGAUGUUGUUCUCCCAUCUUACACUUUUACUGACCUGUUUUUGUUCUCUGCGGCAUGGAAACAUGUUUUCUGAGAAGGUAGAAACAAUCCGGAAGAGAUAUCCGUUUUCAUUUGGUGUCCAAACAUCCGUUCAGUCAUUAAUUUGUGUUUCUGUUUACAACGUGUGUGAGAGAGAGGUUCACAUCCCUCCUUUCCAUGAUUAACAUUGUCUGCAAAAGUGCUACGACUGUGUUAAAAUGAAACUAA